AUGAUACAUUAUAUAUUAGUGCUGACUACAUUUAUUAGCGUUGGCGCUUUUGAGAUGUAUAAAUCGGAUCCUUAUGUCGCAUGCUCCGCAGAAAACAAGUGUCCCGAAGAGUGGCCAUGCUGUUCGCAAUUUGGACAGUGCGGUAAAGGUCCGCUUUGCCUAGGAGGUUGUGAUCCAAGAUUUUCAUUCAGUUUUGAAAGCUGUGCCAGUGUUCCAGCUCUUCUGCCUGUUAAAGAAAUGAUUACUGGAAUGGUCGAUGUAUCCCCUGACGUAGAUUAUAUCGAAGAAGGUAUCCUCAUGCCUGCUCUGAACACAUAUUUCGAAGUAAAACGAGAUGUCAUAGAUUCCCAAUCAGGAAACGCCGAGAAGAAGUACAGAUCUCGAGGUCUGGUCCAUUAUUCUGACUUUGAAAUCGAUUCUGAUCCCAUAAAGGCCCAAAAAGAACUCGAUGAUUUCGAUUUCACUUACAGCGGCUAUUUGAGCGUUCUAGACGAACCUUCUGGGGUUCUCUUGGGCAUGCCAAAACAUACAACUGGCUCUUUAAUUUCAUCUGUCAAAUCAUUCCUUUAUGGUAAAGCUUCUGUCACAAUGAAGACAGCAAGAGGAGCUGGGGUUGUAUCAGCUUUGGUCUUGAUGUCUGCUGUCAAGGACGAAAUUGACUUUGAAUUUCUAGGAAGUGAACUAGAGAUGGCUCAAACAAACUAUUAUCACGAAGGUGAGUUGAUUCACACAAGAAUGCAGAAAGCUACCAUUGAUUCUAAUAGCUUUUACAACUAUCACGAGUAUGAAAUUGAUUGGGAUCAGGAGCGUAUUCAUUGGCUAAUUGAUGGCAAGGUAGUGAGAACGCUUUAUAAGAAAGAUACCUUUGAUCCCGAGUUGAACAUUUACAAGUACCCACAAACGCCAAUGAGACUUGAAAUAGCUGUGUGGCCAGGAGGUUCGGAAAGUAACAAUCCUGGCACCAUAAUGUGGGCAGGAGGACUCAUAGAUUGGGAAAAUUCUCCCGAUAUUCUCGAAAAAGGUCAAUUUUGCUUAAGUAUUAGCCAUAUCCAAAUAACUCCUUAUGAUAACGAAUACCUAAAUUCCCUGAUGAUGAAUCCCAGGAAGGAAUUCUACGUGGCUUUAGACAAGCAGUCUAGAACACCUAGUUAUAGUUCCUUCACCUAUGAUCCCGAGUGCGAUACUUUUGAUGAGUCUUGUCUUCAAUGGCAAAAUGGACCAAUUCUUUUCAAUCUAGAGCUUGAUUCGGAAGCUUUGGAUAUCAAACCAGGCUUAGACAAAACAGAUAUCCCAGUCUCUUGUUGUGAGUCUACCACAAGCUUAACCAGUGCCGUUAAGCCAGUCCGUAAGAUACACAACAAACAGAUCUUUAUUCAAGACAUCCGUAAAGAAGCCAUUAUUGGUAAUGAUAGUUCAAGGGCUUUCGCAUCUUCAAGCGGAUACAGUGACCAUUACAUCGUGGUGGAGAACAAGGCAGCACGGUUUAGUUGCUUCCAAAUCCUAUCCAAAAUCGUACAUUGGGUUUUCAAUUUCGUGUAG